AUGCUAGAUGCUCGAGCCGACCACGCGCGUUUCUUCUACUCCUACAUUCCUGGAGUGCAGCAGUACAACGAUUCGGGCUCUCGUGCCGACAGGGACCUCUCGGCCUGGAAGCCAGCGCUCAAGAAUCCACUCCCCCAGUAUCUGGGACAAACUCCCGCCGCCGGCCACCUCCAAAACUACUUCGUCCCGGCCUUCUCCUUCCUCUCGGGAGCCCAGGACACCAUCGCUGUUCUUGGCGGCCCCCAGUGGUGGGAGCAAAUCUGGGGCAGCAGCCGCGCCGACGACUACGCCGUCUGGGGGAUCAAGAAGGACAAAGUUCCCAUCGGCUUCCACUGCCUGUCUCCGGCCUUCUUCAAGAAAGAUCGUGGACGAGCUCCUCCCACCACCUCGGAAGUUCAAGGCCAGGUCCUUGUCAAGAGCGAUCUCGUCGAGUUCAUCGAUGCCGAGGCGCUGGUGCUCGUCUGGAACGACCGCGGAAGCGGGGCCAGCCAGGAUGUCUCCAUCUACACCUUGCCGGAUCAUCUCGGAGCUUUUGCUUUCCCGAACUAUGGUCCUCCUCCCAAGGGGACGUCGUACCCGAUGAUAAAUCUCAGCAAGGGCCUGCUUGUCAAGCCCCCAAAGUGA